AUGGUUGACGAAACGGUUCCUCACAAGUGCAAGCGCGAGGGGCGGUUUUCGCAGCCGAAGAAGUACGGCUGUGACAUGCUUCCAGGGUCGGUUGUUCCGCAGGAGUCUAAUAUGAAAGGUACUUCCAUCUCUCCCUCUUCCAGUCAGCAAGCGAGCAAGCAGCAGUCAUCGGUGCAGGCUCUCAUCAAUAAUAUCGAUGAUCUGCUGCUGCUACUACUACUGCUGCUGCUUCUGCACGCACGCACGCACGCCCGCCCGCACUCUCGUCCACGCCAGACACGCGACCUACUCGCCUGCACGCAACUUUCGUCGAUGCUGCAGCAGUGCAGCGCGCAGUGGACAUGCCGCUGCACUAGUAGCAUAGACCAGGGGGGCGCGGCAGCCGAUGAGCGAAUCGUGUCAGGCGAGUGGCAUCCCCUUGCCGUGGACCAACAGCCACAGACGCCGCCGCCCGUGUUGCAGCAGGACAGCCACAGCGGCAGUGUUGGACGGGGCCGCUCAGGGCACCUCCGCGGCUUUGACUCCGUUGUUCCUGCGCCUUCCUUGCAUCUUUUGCCUGCAAUGCGAAUGCCUGGAACAGCAUCUGCAGACCAUCUUCACUUCUACGCACCAUCGCACCGACGCGCGCCUGGCAGGCUCACUCGAGGCCGAGAAGCGACGGGCCUUCCCGCUGUGUUCACAGCGGACUCUCCACCAGGACCAGGACUACCUGUUUCGCCACUCUUUACAGGGGACUCUCCUCCUCCGGUACGGUGGCGCAGAGAGGAGGCAGGCAAGGCAAGGCAAGGCAAGGCGAGGCAAGAUGCUCGCUUCAGUACACAUGCCACCAGCGACCACACUAUCAGACAUGGACCGAAUGCACUGUACAGAAGCCCUUUGGAUGACCAUGGGCGGAGCGAACAAAGAAGAACCUUCGGCGAAUCUGUGCAUGUGCUGUACGAGCCUCAGGCACUGACGACAUGUGCUCCCUGUGGCGUCCGUCGCCACAGCAGCGCCAGUGAGGCUUACGGACCAAAAACUUGCACGACGAUGCAGCAGCUCGAUGUCGCUAAUUGGCCAGCGAUCGCAAUAAAUAUGGACCCUGGCUGGGCGAUCGAAUCAGCGUGCCACCUGCAGCUGAUAUGUAUGCAUCCAUCGGCCUGUCCCUGCAUAUGUGAAGCCACCACACAUUUCGAGCUUACGGACGUUUCAAUCAGCACUGGGUUUGAUAACAGAGUAUACCUGACCUGCUGCUUCAAGACUCUCGAUCUAGGCAUCCUCGAGACCGCUCACAAUACACGCGCGAGGAUUCACUUGGCAGUGGUCAGACAUACGACGAGCCCGAACUCGCAACUAUCGUCCGUCUCCAAUCAGACCAUGGAUGAGUUCAGUUCUCUUCCGAAUAACAUGCAUUUCCUGUUCGGCGCCCGUUCGCUGGCUGCAUGCAUGCAAUGCGCAUGUCACAUGAGGACGGCAGGUCGCUACGAACGUAGGACGCAGGAAACGUGGAAGGAACGGAAAAAGGAGGAAAUGGAAUGGAAAGGAUCAUUUACCUACAAGUCUAGGGCAGAAGCAGAAGCAGAUGGGUCGACCGCUGUGGGAAAAAGUUGGGGCCUCUUUGGCGCUUGGGUGGGGGCGAUGCAAGCGAAGAUAAGGUUACAGGGUAGAGUUGAGUACAAAGGUACAUGUAUGUAUUUCUCCGAAGACGACGAAAAGAGGAAAAAGAUUUUCUCUCGCCCUCUCUCCCUCCCUCUUUGUCUCUCGGGCAUCGCAACGCAACGCCUGACUUGAGUGCGUGCGUGCGUGCGCGCAGCAUGCUGUUUUUUGUCCCUCUCCCAGCUCCCAAAGUUCGCAAUCAAAAAGACAUAAUAAUAACAACAACUAGACGCAGCUGCUUGAUCAUUUUUCUCUUUUACACGUCUCCAUUACAACUAAGAAAGAGGCCCCGGCACCCUCUUUUCUCUGCUUCGAUGAUUCUGCUCUGUUGCAUCUGUUCCGACAGCGAAAAUGGCGUACAAAAAACAAGGCGAAAGUGUAAAUUCAAUCCGAUAAAUCCGCAUUUUCCUUCCCGCCGGCCAUCCUUUCCUGCCCUCACCUCCCUUUUUGAUCCCACGCAAUGCAAUUAUGAACAGCCAGAUCUGGUCCCGUUAAAAAAAAUGAAUGGACAGCCCGCCUUUUCGUUCGCGUGUGGGUAUACGAUCCUGUGAUAGUCGAAACUGAGUUGCUCGCAAACAUAUUUUGUCUCUGGUGGAGUCGACUCCAAAUGAAUGCAAGUAUGCCACCAUGUCAUGCACUGCGCAUCAUUCGUGUUGCUGUUCUCUUUUAAGCUUAUCCAGACGCCGCCGUACUCCAUGACAUCCUUUGAACAUCUCAUGGACUCCUAAUCCAUGGUCUGGUAAAGAUCGCCCAAGGUCGGCUCGUUGCUAGUGGUCUUGUCCUUCCUGAAACUCCAUUUCGACUUCUUCUUCUCUUCGCGCUUCUUCUUCAUAUCUGCCCAGCCUUCAUCCUCGUCCUCGUCCGCGGGCCGGUUGUUGACCUUCGGUGCACCUUUGGCUUUGUCUAUGACUCGUACCGUCGGCUUGGGUGCCUGAACAGUGUUUGCGCCAUAGGGCGUCCCGGGCACAUUGGGGGCGUUUUGUUGUGCAGCAAAUUGCUGCAAGGUAAGUGAAGAGGUCAUGCUCUGCGAUCUGGAAGCCUCGCCAUUUUGAGUGACAGGACGAUAACGAGAAGGCAUGCCGACGUUGCUGCGUUCGCUCGGUGCAAUCGAAGGUGUAUAUCCCGCUCCAGGUCCAGUCUGCGGGACGUUGAGGCCAUUCGUGGAAGGUGCAUAACCUGGCAUUGCGCUGUUCGGCCGAGGACCGCUUGGGUUCGCCGCACUGCCCCAUCCGCUAGGAGGAUUGGUCAUCGUCAUGCUACGGGGCUGGUUCGAAGGAGCGAAGCCCUGUUGGCUGGCUAUUGACAUUGGUCGAUUGGCAUCAUUGAAGUUGACUCCAAGAUAGUCCUGCUGCUGUGGCUGCGGGUUGGCUGAAGGUGUCAUCCCGCCUCCCAUUUGCGCCUGCUGCAUGUUGAUUACGUUCUGCAUCAAUUGCAUCUGCAUGGCCAUGAAUUGCUGCAUCUGUUGUUGGCUCCCGUCUUGAGGCAUCUGCGGCAUCUGCGGCAUCUGCGGCAUCAUUCCAGACAUACCACCCAUCAUCAUGGGGUUGAAUUGUUGUGGCAUCGAGGCCAUUGGUGGCAUGCCGCUGGGACUGUAUACAGAUGGCGGCAUGACAUUGCCCAUCGACAUGGUGCGCUGCAUGUUGAACGGUGGAUUCAUGUUUGAAGGCAAAGGCAUGGCGCCGCUCAUCAUCGCGGCAGGGUUAGUGCUUCCUCGUCUCGCAGCUCUAGCCUUCUCCUCCCCAGCAAUGACGCCGACCAGCCCACCGGGAUGCCCCCCUCCAGGAGUUUGUGCCAUGCCAGGGACCAUGAGAUGUGGUGAUCCAGGGGGCAUACCUACGACCGAGCCGGCAGGGUUGCUGAACGCCAAGGACUCGCGAGUGCUCGGAUUGACCAGGCCAGCACCGAAAUACGGGUCCUGCGGUAGUCGUCGAGCAAAUGGAGGCAGAUUGCCCUGCCCUGCACCGCCAUUGAUCACAGAGCCGGCAGCAGAGCUCUGUCUUUGGUGAAGAAGAUCGUUCUCCCCAACUUUCAUGGGUGGACGACCACGGUUUGGAAAGUUAUGAGCUUGCAAAAUGCCCAAUGGGACAUCCUCAUCUUCAUCGUCAUCCUGACGACCAAGGAUCGUUGCCUCGGGAGGCCUGCCACCAAUGCCACCCAAAUGCAAGCCAAUACCGGCCGGUGAGGUUGCGGCAUGGUGCGCGGAUGGUCGGGUAGAGGACGCAGAAGACGGUAGGUCUGUUGGCCCACCACCGGUGACCUUCUUCAUCUGCUGGCGGUAUACGGACAUGUUGGCCUCCUGCUUGCGCCGUUGUGUUGCCAGCUUCCGCGCAUGUUCCACCUCAUCCUCUUCAUCGUAGUCAUCCUCUGACAAAUCCUCCUCUUCACUCGGUGAUUCACUCUGUCCUCCUUGCUGCAUCAUGGCUUGGUACUGAGCUUUCGUCAUGGUCUUUGGGUUGCCGCUCUCAGUGCGUUGAUGGAGGUCAGCUCGUGAUGGACGUGUGGAUGGACCGGCAGGCGAUGCAUCGAACAUGGACUUAUCGUUCAACGCGUUCAACGUCCGAGCGGCGCGCGGCGUGGUCGUGUUGCUCUCGGGCACAUCUUCCAUUGAGCUGUUCGGCGAGGUGGGACCAUUGCGUGAGGCGGCAGCGAGUGCGUGAGGCGGUGGUCGUGUAGUCGAAUUGGUGCUUGUUGACAAUUUGGACGCAGAGGGAGACAAACUUUGGGUGUGCGGUGCAUCCCGCAGUUGUACCUUUCUAGUCCACCGAUCUUCAUCGUCCACCUGCGCUUGUCGACUCGCAUAUGCAGGCUGCUUCUCCUUCUUCGCACCCGCAGCCAUCAAACUCGCAGAGAAGUCUUCAACAGACUCCUGCCCAAGGCUAGGAGAGUUGUAGCGCUCAGGAACACGCGCAUAACCGGGCUGGGACGACUUGCCGUGGAAUGCCUGGGCAAAGGCGGCUCCCAUGGCCGGUCCGGCCAUGCCAGCGCUCGGUAGACCCGGUGUGCUUACUCUUGACACGAGUCCAUCAUUGGAGCUGCCGUCGUCCCAAGAGCGUGGAGAGGAACUUUCCGCACGACUAAACAUUUGCGGUUGGGGAGAUGGCGUGAAGCCGUUCCUAGAUAAUGCCCGUGGUGGAUACGUGGGCUGCGACUCCUGUUUCACAUAAGAAUUGCUCUGUGCUGCCGUGGUGGAGCCGAUCAGGCCACGAUGGGCCGGCGGCGGCGGUGGUAGCGAUGGUGACGUUGGCAUGGGCUCUUUCUUGAGGCUCUCAAACAUGUUGCCAAAGUCAUCGCUGCCAAAGUCAGGACUUGAUAGCUUCAAGUCAGUGGUGGUCGGCACGGCAGUACUGGCAUAGCUGCUGGUGGUCAUGGCACGUUCCCUCAAAGGACUGCGGGUUCUUUCGGGAGAGUUCGAACCGGGCGCGGAAGCGUCGUGCGGUGGAGGCAAGGACGAGAUAUCUUUCGAUGGCGAUUUUGCAUGCUUGUUAUUGCCAAACGAGAAGGCGCGUGCCGCUCGGGAGGAGAAUGUUGGCGGCGGAGGUAGUGGUGGAUCGUUGUUUGGCGCGCUCACUUUCUGGUACAUGCCCGUCGUGAAAGCCUUUUGUGGGUGAGGAGGGAACAGCUCGUCGUCGUCGGGAGCGCGAUGUUCUUGGUCGACUGACGAGGGAAGAGUCGAAGUCGAGCUGUGCUUUGCGGAGGCGCUCGAGCUUUCGUAGUAGCCACUACUUCCGGAAUUCGUGGUGCCGCUACUGCCCCUAGUCCCAUUUAGUGGCCAUCCAUUGCGCUGAUUACGAGCUGUAGAGUCGACCGACCUGUUCGGCCCUAGUGUCAAGUUGUCCACACUCUUGCCUCGCAGUGCAUUCAAAGGAGCGUUGUAGGCGCGGCCGUUGCUCGUAGGCUUUUCACGGCCAUACGAAGCCGCCUUUUUGGAAUCCGGCCGCUCGAUCACGCGAAAGGUCGAUUGUGUUGGCGAUGCGGCGCCCUCGGUGGGCUCGAAGUCGAGAGCGUUGCCGGAAGACUUGCGCCGGCCGAAUCCCUUCAGGUUCAGGCCUUUUGGCAUAGAGCCGGUAUUUCGUGUUGUUUGUAUGGGGAUGUUUCCAAUGCCUGCUUCCCGCGGCUAAAUGUCCCAGGGCUCGUGGUCGUGCGCGACCGAUGCCUCUUGCUCCUCACUACUCUUAUUGUCCCAUGAAAAGGGCGCCAAAUGAAUACGUAUGUACAGAUGGAUCGUGUCGGGGUAUCACAUUAAGAAGGAGGAGGAGGAGGAGGAGGAGUGUGCCGUGUCGUUCGGAUGGCGUGUCCCAGGAGGGCGGGUGGACGUGAAGGACGCGGGCCAGUGGGUUUGGGAAUCCCAACGGAGAAUUGUAUCGAACGACGAAUGUGCUACCGUGCGUUUCAGUCUGCGUAUAAUUCUAGCGGCGUCAGCGCUCGAGCUGCUUUCUGCUUCUGCUUCUGCCUUCUGCUUUGGCUUCGGCUGCUCUCGUAGGCCACUGGCGGUGUAUGUAGGGGAGCUGUGCAAUCAGAGCGUCCCGCGACAGCAAAGGAGGGCCAGCCGAGAAAAUGCGUCGCAAGCGUCCCAGUCAUUCAUCCAAGGAUCAUCAGGCACGAACUUCCGAUGAGCAGCAGCAGCAGCAGUAGGAGGUAGCAGCAAUAGCAGACACUUCGGCGCGCGCGCGGAGCAGCCCUCAGCAGCAGACUCCGCUCCUCUUUUUCUAUGUAUGCUUGCACCACAGCGUCGCACGGGCAGCGAGCAGGGUUUAUUGCGCCUGCCUGCCUGCCUGCUUGCCUGCCUGUCUGUCUGACUGUCUGAAUUGGGACAAUAAUGAACUUAC